AUGUAUGUUUUCCAUCUCUAUGCUGAUGAAAGUCUUGACUCCGUCAAGAUCGUCACAGGGAAGCCCAUGCUCCAUGGUGGUCUCACAAUGGCCCUUGAGCCUUGUUCAGAGGACAGGAAAUAUUGGAGGUCUCCUUAUUUAUUUAUACUCCCAAAUGAACAAGAGACAUUUCGUUAUCAGUAUUUGGUGAAAUACAGCAAGGGAAUUGUGGAUGCUGUCCGCGCAUAUGUGGCCGCCAAAUUUACAGGAAAGAAGGAUGAAAGGACAGUAAAGGAGACACGUGCACGUAAAUUGAAUAAGGGGAUGCAGCAGUAUGACAUUUUUCGAAAUCCCGAUGAUCAUUCCAGAAUGAGUUGCAUUUUUCGGGGACAAACGUUCUUUAUAAAACAGUUAUGUCAGAAGCUCGAGAAUGGUGGCGAUCUCAAAGAAUUACUCAUGGAGUGUGAACACAUAGGUUUUGGUCAUCCAUCCUAUGAAAUAGGAGACGUAAAAAAGUUUUUGAAGUGGUUUGAGGAUGCGAUCGGAAACUCUUGUACUCCUUAUCAGGGCAUCUUUUUCUGUUCACUUCUUGGCCAGCUAGUGGAUCAAGGGCGUAACUGGCCAGCUCCAUACACUUGCAAUUUGCUAGGACGAGAGUUCGCUAACUCCAUUUUGUUAUCCUUUGACAGAUGUCCUUAUCUCGCAUUACCUCAAAGAAGUGCCAGAUUCAUCGAAAAGGUAGCAGAAGAACUAUUCAAAGCUGGAUCUUCGAAAGGCUGCCUAUUGUUUAUUAAGUAUUUCUGUAAUCAUCUAGAUGCCAAUUAUGUAAUGCAGGUGGUAGACAAACUUUCAUUACAGGCGUACAGAGAGGACCAUUUCCAAGAACAUGUCUCUCUAUUGUUAACCUCCCUCAAGAAACUGACAAACCGCGCCAUUUGUACAGUGUAUUCGUCCUAUGUUGUGAAAUCUUCCCCAACUAUCCGGUGCCUCUGGAAUCUCUAUAACUCUUUCUCCCUCUGCUUCCCAGACUUGGUACAGAGCCUGACGAAAGAUUUUUCGGAGAUUUACGGCAAGUUCAUUUCACGCAAUCGUAGAAGAAAACCAGAUCUUCUUGACCCCAUAUUUUGGUCUCAAGUACCAGAAAACCUGAAGAAUGAACUAGCUAGCCCAUUCUGCAACGCAUUAGCCCAUCACGUUCGUUUAGAAAAUACAUGGUCAUGGUCACAAGAAAAUCUUGUUAGAUUGAAGGCUAUUGCUGUUGAUAGACGAUUACAUUUAUCGGCUGACUUUCCUCAUUUCGCAAUGGGGAUCAUGACACACAAAUGCAAAGAAGUAGUGUCCCUUCUCCCAGACCUUCUGAAGUCAAAUACAUACUGCUGUCUUUGGAGGAAUGCCUUCACCUUUGAAGAAAAAAAGAAUGUUUGCUAUCACUGGCUAAAAACGUCCUGUGGAAAUGAAACAAAGCCUAACGACAGGAUCCUGGCUUUUGUGGAAGCAUGUGAGUUGCUAUGUACCACGGAGGCUUUGAAAUCCGAUAAAAAUCUUUGUGAGGCUAUACACAAGGAGGUGGAUAAUUUAGUUCUCAAGAUGAAUUUUCAGUCCAUAAUGAUUGCUUUUCAAGAUGGUCAGAAUAGUUCCCCUGCCGUUCACGAAAACCUCAUGUCACUUCUUAGAAGAGCAAUAAAGCAGCAGAGUGGCACCGGAGACCGACGCUCAAGAUUUAGACAGAUGAUUCGGAUGCUUGGCUUUGAUAUUUCCAGGGAAAGAAAGAAGGGUCUUAUCAAGGCAAAGAUAACAAGGUGGGUAAAAUACUUGUUCUAUGUACUUUAUUCCGCCUAGCCACCAUGGCUGCUGAGACUGUGAGACUGAAAUUAUAACCAUGUUGUGUUCUCAUACUGUACAAAACCUUGAGUUUGGUCGUUUAGCGUUGUCUUUUAAGAACAAUAGAGAAUUGUAUUUACCAACAUGUUAACUCGCUGUUGUCGCUGCUGUUGCUUGACGAUGAAUAAUAUCAAACUCAUCAAUCUGCCAUGGAUAAGGGUUUGAAACCAUCUUGUGUUUAUUUAUACAUAACCGUAAAACUAAAACAGACAGGACAGGCCCACUUACAGCCCAUGCAGAAAAUGUAGUACAGUUAACGAAUAAAAACUUAACAUACCGACAGAAAAUUAGGGCUAACUUUGAGAAACAUCUCAACGAGCCGAGUAGCUAAAUGGAUAGGGCGAUUUGAUCUAAGUCUAGAGCACAGCUAAAAAGACUGUGUUAGGUUCUCUCUUUCACGGAAAACCCAAUUCCGUUUUUAACUCAGUUCAGAAGGCGGAUAACGCUGUCCUCCGGAUAAAAGUCUGUUCAGUGGAUGACGCAAUUGGUUUUCUAACAAUUGGUUUGUUCUAUCCACUGGAUAGUGAUUUAUCAGGUGGAGAGCGCUAUCACUCUUUUACUGAACAACAGAGGCUGUCAACAAAUUCAUGUUGUUCACCUUAUCUUAAAUAUUAGGGGCAAAGAAGAGGUUCUUUCGGCUAUGUUGGAUGACAUGGCUAUGCCAGAUGAGAAAGAAACAGCGAAAAUCUUCAAUGCUAUGAUUUCUGACAGUGACGUUUGGCUACCUGUAUUAAGCGCACUUCAUCCUCAGAGCUCACUUAUGGAACAUCCCAAGGUUUUGACGGCCACAAAUGCAUUGCAGCAGUUAUUCGUCCCUCGACAAAGGUCCCAGUUGCCUGUUGCCUUUUUUGUAGAUAUGAAGGACGAGACGCCCCGUGUCCUUGCAGAGUUUUGUGUCUUAAGUUCUUUCCUACACUCUGAAGAUAUAGAAAGGAACACAGAUGACUGGAUUGCAGACUUCUUAAAGGAUAAAGAGACGGCACAAUCCUUCUGUGAUCAGUUCAUUAAACUAGAGCAAACAAUACGAUUCCUUGAGAGAGUGACUAUGGGCAUUGUGGUGAUGUCUGACGCACAGCUCCUAAUCCGUGAAGUCAACAACAGGAAGAAAGUAAAGACUUCGACUACCCUUGAGGUUGCUCGUCAUGGUAGCUACUGGGGAUCACUGCGCAGUUUGAUUGACUCAGAAAAGGCAAUUGCAUUGGCUCAGAAAUCAGUUGUAUUUACCAACAUUGCACGUAUGUGUAUAAUAGAGGGGAUUGCAGGAAGUCAAACGCAAGUGGAGACGGCAGCUAGUGGUUCAGAAUUUUGGCAGGAAUCCAAGGCAGACGGUAGCACAGAAAAUACAGCAGCCGAAAUAUUGGACCUUCUAAAAAGCAAAGGUUUGCCUAAGUUCGAAGAAGCGUGCAAUAGCCUCUUUGUAACGAAUAAAGAUCUAAGAGUUGAGGAAGUGCAAAUGCUCUUUAACGGAAUUGUUGAUGAAGGCGCCCUCAAAAAGGAAUUAGAAGUGAUCAGAUCCCAUUUUCCUAUUUCGGCUUCUCAUCGAAAGGAGAAAAUGUUAAUGAACGUCCUUCAUUUUCCUCGCGUCAGUGCAAAAGCUGAGCAGCUGAUGUCGGUAUUUGCAGCCCUUGGUUAUGAAGGUACCGGAGAUGGCGAUCCAGUGACUAAGGCCUUGGCAGAAGUCAUCUCCUCCGCUCAUAAUACCGAUAUUACAGUCACGCGUCUCUCUGAAGUUGUUGAAGAUACGGCAGUUACCACCAUUGAUCGCAAGCUUGAUGAGAAUUUGACAACAAUCUUUAAAACACUUCAAGAAUCUAGCGAGCUGAUCUCCUUCAUGAAAGAAACGGCUGGUGAAGACAUCAGGAUACUAAUUGAUGCUGUUGAAGAACAUUCUGAUCAAUUCGUUUCGGAAGCUACUGUCUCGGAUUUGAUUGAUGUUCAUGGGUUUCUGCGAACCUUCUUACGAGAAGAGCCAAAAGAUCCGUUGGUGCUCCUGGACACCGUUCAGAAAUGUUACUCUAAGCUUGAGAAGAAAGUAGAAAUGGCGGCCAAAAUCAAAGAAUGCGGCUGUAAUGUCCACAGUUUGAGAGGCCUCUAUAUGAAUGUUGCCAACCGAGGAGAAAUGACAAAAGAAAUUAUCAGUAAUGCAGUGCAGAAGGGGUGUUACCACAUCAAGGCCAACUCAAAUGGAUCAUAUGACGUUCAACUUAGCUAUCUUCGCCUAGAAGGUGACUCCAAAGAAACAAGCUACAACAUGGCAGAGCUUCAUGACCUUCGAAGUCGAGCUCUUCUUAUUGUAAACACUGACAAAAAGCAAGAAAAGAAGAGAAAAUCUGAUGACUGUGAUGCUACAUCAGCGUCUCUGAACAUGAACCUCUCUAAGUUUAUUCAACAAGUUGAAACGAUUACUGACAUCCUCAACAUGGUCACGUCAUUGCGAGAGUCAGGCCACCCGCAAUUUGAUGAAUCAUUUCGGCAUAAGGUUAAUUCCUUUGAAGAAACUGUAUCUCUGGCAAGUUCAUUGGAAGAAAAGUUGAAAGAGUGGAAAAAUUUCAUGCAUGAUUUGCAAAAAGAUCAUUAUUUCUUAAACUUCUUUCAUCCUGACCAGCUUUGGAUUCUAAGGAAAUUUUUCUCCACACCCCUGUCCAAAACUAAAGCGGAUGUCUCUUUGAGAAAUCAAGUCCACAAUCUGCUGCGAUUUGUGGAUCCCAGCAUCCGUAACAAGGAUCUUGAUGAGUUUCAUGGACUAUACAAACAGCCUAAAGUAAACACUGGUCAUGAAAAUGAUCUCCGCGCCAUUGGAGAAGUUCUGGAUGCCAUAUUCAUUUCUCGUCCUACUUUAGGGAUACAAAAAGCUAGCAAACAUAACCUUCAAAUUGCUGUCAAGCCGGGAGAAUUGUUUGUGGCAGUCCUUGAAGAAAACAGUAAGCAGACAGCUCAUGUUGUUAUGUCUUUAUUCAAACAAACAACAGGCUCGUAUCCUCAACCUAGUCAGAUUCUGUUCUGUCAUUCUGAGACCUCUUGGGAAGAGGUUGAACGACUUCUAAAACGUGUGUUUGCCGCAAACGAGACUUCCAUGACAUUGAAGUUACACUGCCUGGCUAAUGUAGAAAACUUGUCAAACGACAUGCAGUUUGAACUUGUUUCCGCCAUCAGAGCCUACCAACGGAUGGCAAAAGGACGAUACUUACUAAGCAUAGUUUGCUGUGGAGGAAUUCAUCAUCACAUUGCCGAUCAGUUUUCCUCAUGCGCACACAACAAUACUGGACUGACAGAUAAUCAAAUGCGCAUUGCAUUCCAAAAAGACUUUCCAGACGUUUACAUGGUCACCUCGGACCUUCCUGGGGUAGGGAAAACAGAAUUCAUACGUGAACAUGCUGCUUCCAAACACAAGAGUAUUUUAACAAUUCCUAUCAGUGGGCCCUUGUCUCGUAAAACUUUAGUAAAGGUAUUGUGUGCUUUAAAGUUCCAGACAUACGAGUGCAUUCAUUUUGAUGUUGGCGAGGUAGACGACCCAUCAUUACUAGAUACACUGAUUUUCGAACUUGUGGUAGUUGGAAUGGUGUCUUGUGGAACAGACCUCUUUCAUCUUCCAACAAAGCAUGUGUAUAUCGAAAUUGCAAACACAUUGAGGCACUGGUUGCAAGAUUCCCUUCCUGUAACAAAAUGUUUUUCCCCUAAGCAUAUUAAACUACAUGGAUACGAAGACCUUGUUGUCAGUCAGGAACCAUUAAGCGCCUUGCAAGUGGUAUGCCAAUAUCUUCAUGCUUUCGAAUGUGGAAAGUUAGAGAGCAGUGAGGUAUGUCCUGGUCAUCUGAAACCUCUGUCUUCAAAUCGCUGCAAAGAACUCCUGUCAAAGCACUUCUCAUCAAGUGGUGACCUAUCAUACAACAUAAUUGAGAGUUUUGUCAAGGUGUUUGCUAACCAGCUGUUGCAAUUUUCUGAAAGUCCUUACUUCAAACCGCACAAUUUGACACCUAUGCUUGGGCCUUCACACGAUGUCCGCAACUCCUUGUUCAAAGCCCUUUUGGAAGUGUCAAGGGAGUUUGCAUCGCGCUCUGUUGUCACCUGUAAGAGUGUUCAGUCAGAAGCAAUCUCCAAAGAAAAGGCCGUUGAGGUACUUAAGAAUGUUCAGUUGCAGUCAGGGAAUGUGGCUGAGAAAAUGGUCGAACGCGUUGAAGGAAUGAUACAAUGGGCCGAUAACAACCACCUUGUGAUUGUCUUCCACAGUCUUGAGGCCUUGACCAUUUCGGCUCUGUAUCGUGAUCUGGCUUUGGUCCCUUCAAAAGUCCAAGAGCUUUUCAAAACACAAGCAGUGAAGGGAAAAGACAUGGUUGACUUCACAAAGAUGGAUCAGAAAGAGCUCCAGCAAAGAUUAGAUCGAAUUGUUCGAACUACUCCUAGGCAAAAUGACGACAGCUUGCAGAGCCUGGACUAUGCCCUUACCCCAGACAACAUUCUCAAAAUGGUUCUUAUCAUUCAACGCAUACGAGCAGGAAUUCCAGUCAUUGUUAUGGGGGAAACAGGAUGUGGAAAGACAAGUCUUGUUAGAUACCUUGCGAAGACAUGUGGAGUACCUUUUCACGUUUUCAAUUUUCAUGCAGGUGUCGGAAAAGAAGAGCUCGGUUGUUUUGUUCUAAACAUGGAAAAAGAAGCAGCAAAAGGCAAGGAAGUUUGGGUUUUUCUCGACGAGAUUAACACUUGUGAUUACCUUGGAACUAUCAAUGAGAUGAUUUGUCACCGUAGGUUUAAAGGCAAGCCUCUUCCAUCAAACCUGGUCUUUAUAGCCGCCUGCAAUCCGUACCGCCUCCGUCCACCCGGAAAAAUUACAACCGCCGGUUUAAAUGGAAAGACAAUUUCGGAUGAAUUCUCAAGGCUGGUGUAUCGUGUCCAUCCAUUACCAGAAACAAUGAUCGACUUUGUCUGGGAUUAUGGAUCACUAAGUAAAAAGGAUGAACGUGCCUACAUAUGUCGCAUGGUGGAGGGAAUCACUGGAAACCCCGACAAGUUACUGGUUGAUCUUUUGUGUACAUCCCAAGACUACAUCCGAGACGUCGACAAAAGCCCUUACUGUGUAAGCUUGAGAGAUGUCCACCGAUGUAUUGUCCUUGUUAAAUGGUUUAAGAAAAUCUUACAGCAGCGGCAGCAACUGCUGUCUUCAAAAAUAAAGGAGAGUUCUAAAUACUACAAAGAGGCUCACAGCUUUUUAGACCACGAGAAGUCCUUUGUGCUCGCCUUGGCUCACUGCUUUCAAUCUCGUCUUCCCACCACAACCUCAAGAGUGCGAUACCGUGAGAAAAUUGUUGAUUGCUUUCGAAACGACGGGAAUGCUUUGUUUAGCGAAUUUAGUUUUGAAGCCAUUGUAAGAGCAGAGCAGGAAGACUACCUGGAACGAAUGGAAUUGCCAGAAGGAACAGCUAAAAAUGCUGCCCUUCGGGAAAACGUGUUUGUAAUGCUUGUCUGCAUACUCAACCGUAUUCCGGUUUUUGUUGUUGGCAAGCCUGGCUGUAGCAAAUCUUUGUCUAUGCAGAUACUCCGGAGCAACCUAAGGGGGAAGGAUGCGAAAGACCCUUUUCUUAAGUCCCUGCCACAACUCUAUGUCGUUUCUCACCAAGGAUCUGAAUCAUCAACAUCAGAUGGAAUACUUAAGGUGUUUGAUAAAGCGAAGAAGUACAAAGAACACAACAAAUCUGGCGAUAUCCUUCCAGUUGUUCUUCUUGACGAAAUAGGCUUGGCUGAGGUCUCCAAGUACAACCCCCUAAAAGUACUGCACAGUCUACUGGAGCCUGGUGACAGUAUAUUUCCAGAUGUCGCUGUCGUAGGCAUUUCAAACUGGGCUUUGGACGCUGCAAAAAUGAACCGUGCUAUCCAUCUUUCUCGACCUGAACCUGAUGUUGAAGAUUUGUUCGAGACUGGAAAAUCAUUGCGAGAAGCAGGCAGUGGCAUCACUGAGUUACCUCGUACACGUUCAGGUCAUCUGUUAAGUCAAGUAGCCUAUCCAGAUGACAAGCAUCUGCAUUGCCUUGCUGAAGCCUAUCACAUGUACCAAUCACAGCAACGAUAUGAGAAUUUUCAUGGGCUACGUGACUAUUACAGCUUAAUAAAGUGUCUAAGUACAGACCUGAAUGUAGAAUACACUCAAGUGGGUGCUGAGGAGAAAACCAAGGAAAUUCAGCGAGCGUUGCAAAGGAAUUUUGGCGGCGUACGUAACGACGUAAAGAAUUUUCAAAGUUUGUUUCAAGAGCGAAUCCAGCUGCUGGAAGUAAUGGAUCAAGACUACCAGUUUCCAGUAACCGAGCUCAUUUGUGACAAUCUACGUGACCAGCGUGCCCGUCACUUGAUGAUAAUCACAAACGGAGAUUCUGCGAUAGGCAUACUUGAUCAGACGCUCCAGCAUCUUGAUAAAGAGAAGAUCACUAUUUUUGGCAGCCGUUUUGAAGAAGAUCUCUCAGAAGAGUAUAAUUACCGUAUCUUAAGUCGCAUCAUUCUUUGCAUGGAGAGGGACUGUGUUCUCAUCUUGCGAGAUCUAGAGGGUAUCUACGGCAGUCUUUACGACAUGCUUAAUCAGAACUAUACAGUCGUUGGAGGGAAGAGGAACUGCCGUGUCGCCCUUGGAGCCUUUAGCAAUCCGAUGUGUCAGGUCCAUGAUGGCUUUCGCUGUGUUGUGUUGAUUGACCAAGGAAGAGUUGAUUUCACAGAUCCUCCUUUUCUUAAUCGAUUCGAGAAGCAGUUGCUCCGUUUUUCAGAUGUCUUAAACGAAGAGCAAAGAAAAAUCAUCACACAUCUGAAAGAGUGGGUGACACGCAUCUCAAAGAUUCCCGAUUUUGAGUCCCAGUUUCACGAAGAAGACAUGUUCAUUGGAUUUUGUGAUGACACUCUUCCCUCGCUUGUCCUUAAAAACAGUCGCGACACAGAGGGGGAAAGUUUUGAAAUUAUUGAGCAGUGCAAAAAGGAUCUGAUGAUGGUAGCGUCCUCUGAUGGUGUCGUAAGGAGUUUACAAUCUGCACUGGCUAAGACAAAUUUGGAGGAGGUUCAGAUACUUUACAGCAACUAUUUUCAGAAGCCUAUACACAACGGUUUCAGGCAUUACCUACAACAGGCGUUAGAAACUCUACAACUUGAUUGUGAGAGUGACGAUUCCAUAAAGGGCAUGCAAAUGGUGAUAAUGACUCACAGCAACAUUCAUGUGAAUGCAUCGCAAUGCCUUGAUGGGUUAAUCCAGUGCCAGUCAGAAAAGCUAAGCGCUUUUAAGUCUGAAAAGCAGUUGACAAAGGAGUUGGAACGAUUCUGGGGAUCCAGCGACUCGCUCUUGGUACUACAAUGCAAACCAGAGCUCGAUGCUUCCCACUUGCUACUUGCAAAAUCCAUUAUUGAGCAGCAAAGGGAGACAUAUCUCAAACGAACAAUCCACACGAACGAGUCGCGAGUCAAACAUAUUUGCUUUGUAAUACAUGUUCAGAGGGAAAGUGAGGCCAAUAAAGUGGAAAAUCAACGCUGGCAAUUCAGUUUUCAAAGCGGAUGGAAGCAAGUGACGAUUGAUGUAUUGGAAGAACCAGUUUUGCCUGUUACGGAGUGUUUAGACAUCAGCGUCAUCGAGCUCCUAGAGUCAAAGACGCUCCCAUUUGAGGACGUGGCUUCGAAUCAGUUCCUGUGGUGCUUUUUUCGCAUCAAAUAUGCGCCCUCUGUCCAACCUGGAUGGGAUGAAAUUCUUCAGCUGGAAGAUCUAUUGAGAUCAUCGCCCAAAAUCCUGGCAUGUUUCAAAGAGCUAGUAAAUCGUUGGCUGCAAAAGAGAGAUACCGUCAAUACACAUGGAGAAGAUCUUCCAAGUUGGCAGUACUUCGUGGCAUGUGAUCGGCAGGCGUUGAUUAAUUCGUCCCAUUUAGCGGGAGCUAUUCACCACCAUGUAAGUCAUCUCAUACGUCAACCACUGGCAAAGAUUGUCUACUUCUUGGAGAACGAGUCUGCCUGGCCUUGGUUCCUGUUAAAACAAAAUUAUUUGCACGAGGAGGAACUACAAGUAUGGCUGGAAUUGAUAAUGGAUCAGAACAUUCUUAACAUUGAUGAUAUCCCUGACCAUCAAGGGGCAGAGUCCUAUUUCAUUUCCGAGCGGCAUGUACAGCUGAAAUUUCCCUUUUUCUCCGUACUUUAUAAAAACGUUGAAAAAGUGCAAUCUAUGUUUGUUAAAGACCAAAGACAGCUUCUCUUGGACGGGACGGGCUUAGACGACAAUGCUGAAUUGAGCGAUGCUGUAGAAGAGCCUCAGCUACAUCGAUUUGCUUCCGUUGUAAAGGAGAAAGUCCCUCAAGUAUUUGAGAUCGACUAUCUUCAAAGUCGCAUUCAAUGCUACGCCGAGGAUUUUCUCGACAUGAAAUCAGCUCUCUUUUCGAAUUUUUUAUCCCGAGACGAAAGAAUUGACUUCUUAAAGUCUGCAAUGGCAAACCACGUAAAGUUCUCCAUUAAAGGCGAUCCCGCUCUUCUGAUCACUCGGCUGCAUUCACUAUUCUGGCAGAACGGACCCUCCUACGUGACAGCCCUUCAGGUGUUCGUGACGUGUUACGAGGUUGCGAAUGUGGAAUUCGCGCGGCUAGUCUCUGAGUUUACUCCUAUGUUUGACAAAAUGCUGUUUCAGGAUACCAAUGAAGUACAAAACGCACCGUUUGAAGAUUCUCACGAACUUGAGAGAAAUCAGUCCUUUGAUGAAAACCACGCUGAAGAUGUUUGUGCGACGGUGGAAGACGGCUACGAAGACCAGAAAGGGGAGAUCAGUAGUGAAACAUUAACCACAGAGAACGAGAAAAUACUUCAAAAAGAGCAACACGACAACAAAAUGAAGGCGGUGGAAGAAAUCGGCUCACAGAUUCAGGAAAGAAAGGAAAAUGCCAAUGAAACUGAAAAUCAAGGGGUUCAGGAUCCUAAAGACGAAGAUGUAACACAGACAACGGGGCGAUAUAAUUCAUUGUUAGACGACAGUGAAAAUGACGCUUGGGAACGUGAAAAUGUGGGUGGAGAAAAUGACGUAACUGUUGUAGAGGAAGAGAGCACCGAAUUGGAACCACAAGUUGUAGGAGGAAAUACACGUGGAAAUAAGCGCAAUGAUGAUCAGAGCAAUAUUACAGAAGACAUUGUAGACAACAAUGAUAAAACACGCGAAGAGGGAAUCACUGAAACACCCAUCGCGGAAAAAGUAGAGGAGAUUGCAUCAGACCAUGACGAAUCGGAGGACGAUGACAUAGGCACGUUGUCAGAAGACAGUGGCGCCGAAGGAAGUGUGACCUUCGACGAAGUAUUGCUAGCGUCACUCUGUUCUGCGUUACUUCCCACGGACGAGGUCGUGAAGAACUUAAAAGGCCCUGACGGGUGGCAACGAAAGACAAGUCUCUUUCUGUCAACAGCGAGCAGAAUUCACGUUCAGAUUCCUGCAUUUCAUUUCCUUCGUGUUUGCUACGACUUUGUUACACUUUUGGUGCUACCAGAAGGUCUUGAGCCAUAUUUCCUUUAUAUGCUUGGAGCACUUGGAAAAACGGGAGCUUCUGAGGGCUAUCUCGAUUCCCCAGACACUUUUGAUCGUAUCACUAAUGUCAUUGACGAGUUGGAGCAAAGAGGCGUUGAAAAGAGACGCCUGGAAGACUUUCUGAUGCUUUUCUAUGGACGUUGCAUCGAUUCAAAUCCAGACACACCAGUACUUGGUACCAUACUCGCAAAGAUCAGUUCUAGUGGAGAGAAAACACUUCUACGGUUUGCUGGACCGUUGCUGCACCGUAUUUUUCUCACAGAAGAAAACUAUAGCCCUGGUGUCUUCCAACACCUCUUGCACAGCUUGGACACCAUCAAAGAUUAUCCAGGCCUCCAAGAGACAAGUGCUGCUUUGUCAACACUAUCCAAUGAUUUUGUUGAGUUAGACUCCCCUUUCGCCGUGGUGUGUUGUGAUCUUAUUAGUGAGGUUGCGUUCCCAGAAGUAGACUUAACUACGCAAUCAAAGGAUCAAAUUCUCGUUAAUUUUCACAAGGCCUUUCAAACGGUAACAGAAACUUGGGAAGACGCUGAUAACGGAUUGUUUCAUCUCCUUUGUGCCACCGCUUACAUCAGGUCAUUCCUGGCAUCAUUUGCAAAGUUUAUUUUGGACAGGCGCCAGUGCCUUACUGAAGAUGGGGAGUUUACGAUGCUUUUGAAUGAAAUAAAUGCAGCCCUUUCCUGUAAUCAACCCGAUCCUGUUUCUUCUAGGGCGCGAGAGGUACAGCUGUACCUCUUAAAGGAAUUGAAGAAAGAGCUCUACAUGUGGCAAGUGCGUGACGUCUGCCAACACUGUCCAAAACUUCCAGCGUUGAAGAAUUUAGACUGGCAUGAUGAAGCCCUGGUUGGCAAACUUAGUUUUGAUCCUCUGCGAAACUAUACAGAGACGUCCCAAGCACAAGCAGCGUUAGCAACUCUUCUCGAGAAGAACAACCUAAAGCCCCUUGAAGAUACCAUUCUUGCUAUGUCAAGUUCACCAGAAAAGAGAAUGGAGAUGGCGGCCACCCUUGCCAAGUCGUUUUACCUUAUUCGUUCUAUACAAUCUCUAAAGGACAGUGAAGACAAAUCAAUAAACUCCUUUAUAAGGAAACUUGAGAACUUUGAAAAUCCCUAUGUCCAGCUCCUCCUGAGAAUUACGGGAAGGAAGGAUUUCAAAAGUCAAAGACUUUGUAUUUCUUCAGAGUCUUCACCCGCUGACGUGCAUAGGGCAACACUAAUCCUGCAUCUUUGCAUAGUUCUAGCCUCUCAUUUCAGUGGUCUUAAGCAGAAAAAGCUGGCAUUUAUGUCGUACUUUACUAGUCCUUUGACCUCAAGCAAUACAUACGUGCUAGCGUCUGGAGAGGGUUGUCAGCAGCCAUAUGAGGUACAUCGCAAUUACAGGUUCGGUGAAACAUCGUUUUUCCGUUGCUCCUGUAGAACAUUCUUUGUUGCUGCUAGUGAUGAUGAUGAUGAUGAUGAUGAUGAAACAAAGUGUCCCAACUGCAAUUCACUUUGCAAAGCUGAGAAAGUACCUAGCAAGAAUACUGCUGCUGUUAAAGCCCUACAGCCAUCUACCGUUUAUGUCUGUCUCACAUGUCCUCAAGAUCUUUUAAUUCACGUACGGCAGAUGGAUUCAAGAGAAUUUCGAGUUCUCCACUUGUUCGUUCAUGCAGCACUUUACGGAGGCUUCGCGAUGGAGUUGUUUGAUGAAAAUAGUCUGGCCCAAAUACUGGGCAAUGCUGUUACGGAGAGUGAUGCUUUCGAAGUGUGCUUCCAACAGAUUGAUAAUGACCUAAGAGCGUUAUGUCUUCUUCUAGACGCUAAGGAAGAAUAUGUCAUCGGUUUCUUGCACUCUGCUUUGCACGAAAGUAUUUCCAUCCUUACUUCCGGAGGUCUAUGUCAAACAGAAGGAGAGAGGUUGUCAUGGGAAAACACGUUUGCUGAAACCGUACGCCCUUUACUCCGAGAGUUUUACCAAAGGAAACUUUUGGCAAGUUCGCAAGUCUUCAUGAGCAAGUCUACACCGGCUGUUGAAAGAAGGAUAGAGGAAGUUGAUGACCCCCAGUUUUCAGACACCGCAGAGAGAAACCUGCACCUUCCUAGGUUGUUGCGUGUCACGCUGCCUAAAACUUUCUCGUCCCUCAGAGCGUAUUACAUGUCAGCUGAUCACAAUACUAAGAACCAACAUCCCCUUCUUGGGUUAUUCCUGGAUUUUAACGACUCUCUUCCAAAUGUUGCAAGCCUCCACGAUCUCCUUUCCUGGAGUCGUAUUGUGGACUUACUUCUAAGUAGACGUCUGAGUCGACAGGACGCCACCACAAAUAUCGGAGAUAUCAUUCGAAAAAAAUCCAAAUCUCCUGAAGAGAGAAAGCGAUUAAAUGAGAUCUUCGAGAAGUUCAGCAUGGCAUGGGAGAAGAUGCUUCCUUUUGUCAGGGACCGUUUAAAACAGGAUGUGCCAUACCUGAGCGAAAGCUCACCGAUUUCAUUUUGCUUGAUUGAGAAAAGAGGCCAGGGUACCUUUCUUUGUGCUGCCAUGGAAAUACUUCGGGAGAUCCAGAAUGGUUUCUUGCAGAAGAUGCUCAGUAUUGCAUCAACAGGAAAAUGUUCUGCGCUAGUCUUUCUAGAGAGAGAAGAAGGAAAAUUCUCUAUUCCAGUUGUCCACUUACAGGAAGCCCGGGAAAAAGAAAUUAUCCAGUAUCAAUGGACAGAUGAAAUUUUAAGGCAUUCUCAACGUAACACCGAGUACGGCCAUGGCAGGGAGAUCUUUUUUGAUCUUGAGAAGAUUGAAAAAGAGAUGGCAGUCAGAUUUUUGGUGGAAAAGUCUUACCUUUCAACUCUCGAGGGAUUACAAGAGUUCAUUUUCGCCGGAGAGCUCUUUCAUACUUGUAGAGACAUUCUGGACGAAUUACAAGAGCUCAUUCCGCAGCAACCACUUACAGAUGUGUUUAGACGUAGUCUGUCGAGUCAGUGUGAGCAGAGUCUGAAGAACGUACAAGAUUUGCUUGAGCACUUGGAAAUUGUCCUUUGCCUGUUAAAAAGACAUCGCGUUGGGAAACCAGAGGACCCUUUGACAGAAUUCACAGACAAGUGGGUGCGUGGACCAAGGCCGUUUCCAAAGGAUUUACUCCCUCAGCCCCACAGCGCCAUCCAGCUCACACAUGUAGUUGCCUUGUACGAGUUUCUCGAAGACAUUUUGGCUGAUUCAGUUGCCAAACGAGUUCACGACACGUAUCGUGUUCCCAUACCUAAAGAGAUAACUAACGAAAUGACCAAGGGAACCCCCGCGUCUGGAACAACUGAGUCACGUCGUUCUGUCAUAAAUGCCAUCACUGUAGCGCUCAAACGCUUCAUUUACCGUUAUCUUUCUUCUGAGGAAAUGAAACCUGAACCAGCUGACAGUCUGGAGGAGCGCAUGCAGGAGAGGUCGCUUUGGCCAAUCGAUGCGUUCAAGUCGUGGAACCUGAAAGAGGAAUCUCCAGCAAAAUUUAUCGGUGCCGUGUUUCCCGAGAAGCUGGCCAUAAAACAUACGUACCAGGUUUUAUGCUUUUACCAGGAUCGACUUAAGGUAAGCGAGGAAAAGUGAACUUGUCAUUAAUUUGCAAUAAUUCUCUCCUCAACACAUUUUAAAGUUGGAAUUCUCUGAACCUUCCCUCCCCCCCCAAAAAAAAAAAAUUAAAGAACUUUAACUCUUACAUAUCCUGCCUUUUUGACUGCUAAGACCCUAGUUUCUUUUAAUCUUGACAAUAUGUCAAAGAGUUUUUCUGUGCGUUUCGCAUCUUUCGUCAUUGCUUUAGGUCGCAUGUAGACCAUGCGACUUUUUGUCGACUGUGACCCCUCCCGCCCCCCAUUCUCCAGGUGGAACGCAAAUGUGUAUGAACUGUAUAGGUAAACAAACGGGCACACGCUUCUUUGUCUAUUUGAAAGAUUCUGCGUUAGUUAUUUAAACGGAGUUUAGCCCGUAUUUAACAAAACCGCGUUCUAAGCCGUUUCUAGUUUGCCCAACGCUUUUAUCUAAACAUAAGCAACUAAGAAAGGGAUCUGGAAGUCCAAUGAUUUCUUAGACCGCGGUCUAAGUUAGACUUUGUUUGAAUAACCGACCCUUUGUAUCUUAAAACUGCACUUUUGAGAAAACAAAUGAAAACAAAUGCCACGCAGCUAAUCAGAGAAACUCCGCUAACCGUCUUUAAAUUGAAAUGUGACAUCUAAAACUGAAACCUGGCCAUACAGUACUUACAGUCUGAUGAUCGCCAGUGCUUGAAACUCGAGUUACAAGAUUUAUCCUUAAAUUUGUAUUUUAUGGGCAUGUAUUUUCUAUAUGUUGUGUUUUUCACUUUGUUAUUUGUUAGGUGUUAGAAGAGGCAAAACACGUUCCUCGGAAUCCAGCUCCCAAGAUCAGCCGUCCCAGUGUUUCAAGGUCCCGUCAGCAUAAAACUCGAAAGCACUUCAGCAGCAUCUGAAGUGGACAGGAAAUACCCUGUGGUUAUUAUACACAGUUUUAGCAGAUCAUCAAGUUUUACUACAGAAUUCCUCUAAGGAAAUGAAUCAAACAUUCUGGGGCGGAUGUAGGGUUAGGUCGAACCCCUAAGAAGAAACUGUGGACGUCUAAAAUUUGUGAGGGCUAAUAAUUAACAAUUUCGCGCGGGAGCAUAACUCUGGAUCCCCCUAGAUACUCCAGCUUUCAGAGAUUAGUUAAUCGAGCCCCUUAAGAAUAUAUACUAGAUCCGCCCCAGACAUUACUAUUGUAAAUUGCUUGUACUCUUUGACUUUAUUUUUGUUAUGCAUAUUUUUUCACUGUUUUGUAGGGAUACCGUAAAUCUUUUGAAAAUCCAGUCGCUCGAAUCAGUGCGCUUACACUUUCCCUAAACAUAAAAAGUUACUUCGCCCCUGACCCAUUCCUCCUCACCCACUCGGCCUUUGUACGGGCCCAUUUCGCAAACAUAAUUCUUCCCUUUUUGAACCACUCGUUUGUGCAAGAUCGUUUAAAUAAGACUAAUACAAUUUUUUUUCUGUGAAAUAUGGAAAAACUACAUAAUCGCCUUCACCUUGUCUUGUGUAAGGUUGUUUACACCCUGUCUAUUUUCCCAACGCAAAUAAGAAUUAACUCAAAACAAAGGGGCGAGGGAGGCGAGCGCAACCAGGAAGACUUUUCGGUCUUCGUAAAAAUGCGAAAAUAUAGAGGAAUUUUAGGGCAUUUAGUCGAUGAUUUACGGUAGUAGGAAUAGUAAGGGUUGCUUUUCAUUAGGGAGAUGCUGUUUGCUUCUAUUGUUUUCUUAAACAAGAACGACCCUCUUUGCUUCCACUUUCCACAUGCAAGUCUUUUUCCUUUUUCUGUGAUCUUUUCCUCAUUUUCCCCGAGAUCUUGAAGAGUCACAGGUGCCGUGAGCAGGCUAUUAAUAAGACGUCACUGCAGGGGCAUUAUUUCGAUCCCAGUAUAGAUGGAAAUUGUAAAACUGUCAUCCCGCGAGAGCAGAGACCGGUACCUUUUUCGUUUACGAGUGAAGAUUUUAUAAGACUAGAGAGAGAGUUCCCUUAAGAGCUACAGUAAAGCGGGCAGCAAAAAAACCGGGAUACUUGUUUAGCAGCAUUACCGCAAAACGAGUCGAACAACGAUGUUGCUUGUUUUACCACCCACGAAAACAAACGUUGCAACCUUAUUUGUUGCAAGACGGGUGUUACAAAAUAAGUUGUACAACUUUUGCUACCCGUUUUACCGAACCUUUACUGGGGUGCGUGAUCGCGCAAAUGAUAUUUUAGGGAACAAGAAGCAGUAAGAACUAGAUUUCCUACUAGCAAAUUUAGCUUUUUUGAAGUGUUCAAAAGCGUUUUUUCCAGUUGUGUUACGGAACAUAAUGCAGUCUUCCCAUAGUUAGAAGUGGAGAAUGGUUAUGAAAGUCGGCAAACAUCAUCAAGGAUAAAAGCAACAGUGCUGUAGUUCAUGUUGGCAACUCCCUGACGGUGCACAGUCUUUUUUGUUCAUAAAUUAAUUGUGACGGAAUAAAUUACUGCCACGUUUUUAUUUGUCAGUAAGAUCAAAAUGAUAGCAACGUUUUACACCGACUAGACCACCACAAAAAUAUAUAAAAAAAGGAGUUUGAUUGUCUUCAUAACCAUUCGACUCUACUAACUAUGGUCUUACCGAAAAUAUUUUGGGGUUUAUCAGACGGAGUCUUUUCCAGUACCAACAGGAUUCGUAGCCGAUACUUAAGUACGAUAUAAGCCAACAAUAUACAUUUUACUAUUAAUCAUUAAGUGAAAUUUCAGUGUUAGCCUUACGUUAAUUUUUAAGCAUUUGCGAAUCCUACUUUGGCCAGCCAAUUUCAUAGUUGGCUAUGCACAUUAUUCCAGAAUGGUGACAAAUCAUUCUUUUGUGUUCAUUAUAGUCUACCAACAGGAUUUGCAGCCGAUACUUAAGUACGAUGUACGCCAACAAUAUACAUGUUACUAUUAAUCAUUAAGUGAAAUUUCAGUGUUAGCCUUACGUUAAUUUUUAAGCAUUUGCAAAUCCUUCUUUGGCCAGCCAAUUUUAUGGUUGGCUAUGCACAUUAUUCCAGAAUGGUGACGAAUCAUUCUUUUGUGUUCAUUAUAGUCUAUCCUCAGUGCCUAGUUUCAGGGGAAAGAUAUUUUGAAUUCGGCAGAUGCAAUUGAGGCAAAGAUGAUCAACAUAAGUAUGAAAUAAAUUAAAGUAACAUUGUUAUCAUUUUGGAUUAAGGUGUAUGCUUUGGCCUUCCAAGCUUUAUCUUCAGCAAUUUUUUAGAUACGCAAGUUGAGUAUUGUUUUGAUUAAACGAUGUAGUCCAGUG